UUAGCAAAACCGCUUCUGCAGCAAUAAUGUAUCUUGCAAUAGUUUUUGUUGUUCUUUUCAGAAUUACAUCUGGAUUAAUCCUGCAUUCCGGAUUGGAUCCGCUCUUCCAUGACUUGAAUGACAGAAAUGCUGAAUUUUAUCAUGUUAAAAAUACAGGGAAAUCAAAACCAAUAAAUUCUGAUGAAGCUGUGGAAAAAGAGCCGAUUUUCACCAGUUUUUUAAAAACUGAUGUUCGAUCCGAGAAUUUAAAAACUUCACCAGCUUUUCGUAGCAGUGUCAUGGAAGAUCCUUCGAAAGACAUAACUGUUGAAGCAAGUAAAGUCAUAUACGAAAAUAUUUUGGAAGAUACUUUGGAAAAUGUUGGAGGAGAAGCAGAUGAUGUCUUAAACAACAGAAUCUUGAAAGAUUCUUCAGAUAUAAUUGAUGAAAAAAUAGGUGAAUCUUUAUCCGGAGAAUCUCUUGCUAGGAAAACAAGAGCGGCCAUACAAAACAGCACGAAAGAAUGCAAGAAUAGCUCAGAAAUUACAGUGGAAACUGUUGUUGAAAUUGAAGAGCUGGAUGAAGGAAACAGAUGCAGCUGCAAGAGUGUGGUAACUAGUUUACCCAAGGUUCCUGCUGUGUUUAUAUUUGUAAAUACCUUUAUUAAAAAUGUCCAGUCUUCAGAAUUGCUGACUAUACUCUUCGACAUUACGGAUGCAGCAGCUCAACAAUAUAGCCAGUUUAAAUACAGGUUUAUUGCAGACUUCUGCCGGAGACUUGGCUUCAUUAAUGCUAACGUAAUCGCCGCUUUCUCCGUACGUACCAUCGCCAAAUACUUUGAUGUCAUUCCACCGCAAGUUUUGAUAGAGGUUUCUGCCAAUUACAUCGCCAAGGUUCUGUUUGUCGAAGGAAUCCUCACUGCUGAUAAUGCACAAAAACUAGCUUCGAUGUAUUGUAAGAAGCUGGAAGAAAGCGCCAAAAUCCUUGAAAUUGAUUGUGAAAGCAGUUAUAUUAUUAAAUUUCAAGCUUUAGCCGAUGGAUGGAUUCGAUUCGUUCAAUAUUUUGGAGAGUUUUCAUAUUCAGAAUCAUGGGAAAUUGCUUUCUACUAUGAUCACGAAUGGUUAUUGGCUGCUGUGGAUUAUGGAACUCUUAGAAAUGUCACAGCGUAAAAGAAUAUUUCUCAUCUAUGUAGAAUUUUUUUUUUAAAUUUUCACAUUUUUUCAUACUAAUAAGUUGAUGAAGAUUAUAUCACAUGUUACUAUUAGAAGUUGGCACCAGAGGGAGGGGUUUUCUCAAAGACAGUCUCUUAUGUUAUUUAAUAAUGGUACUUGUCCCUUUCUCGUAAACGCAGUACAGAGAGAGUAGGGUAUAAUUCGAAAUUCGAAAUACAAUAUAAAUCGAAUUAAAAUGUUUGAUGAAUCAUCAUAUUUUAGACCUUCUUGACUUCGAAAAACCCAAUUUUGGAAAAUGUCCUUCUGUCUGUCUGUGACAGACUGUGACUCAGAAAAUAUUUUAACUAGACUAUUGAAAUUUGAUGUACGGCCUUUACAUCGAAUUUUCAUAUUUCAAUCAAAGUUUGAGUAAAAUUUGUUAUGAGAAAUUCCAUCUGUCUGGCUGUUCGAAUAUAUGUUAAUACAAUAGUUAAAUAACGAAGAGAGCUACAGGGAUAAAAUUCAGUAUAUAGAUUUAACAUCUAUAAUGCAAACAAUUUCAAAAUUUGAGCUAAACCCAACCACAGGUUAAUGUUUUGGCCUGUAACUUAAAAAAUAAGUAAAAGGGAUAAUUCAAAAAACGGAUUUAAAGUAUUAAAUUUUGUAUGAGAAUUUGUGACAACAAGUGCAGAUUUGUAUUAACUUCGUGUUUCAAUUUAUUCAUAAAAAACGUGUCUAAAUCCCAAAUUUCACUUUCAGGUACUAUUAACACAGUAUCAAGGAUUAAACGCCAAAUAAGCCAAGGUUAACAAUAUUGAUUCAGUAAAAAUGAUAAAAUAACGCCAAAGGUUAAUAUUUCGUAAUUAUUGUACGUCAAUGGCAAGGAAAGCGUUCUCUGGCAUGACAAGUUUAUUAGAAAGUUUUGGGGAAACCACUUCCUCUGGUGCAUUAUUAACUGUACACAAUUGGGAGACAGUAGUAUGAAUAGUUAAACUUUUCAUACUGUUAUUUCAUACUUUGGCGAUUCAUACUUUUCAAACCUUUAACGAUUGUUUUGGCAGUUAAUUCGGAUGCUAUUAAUAUCAAGCACCAGAACAUUGAAUGUGUAUUCUGGAGAUAUUUUUUAUAGAAAUAUUGAAAACAAAAUUUGGCUUAGAACUAUAAUUAUAGUGACAAAAUCACAAAUUCAAAGAUUUUAGUGAAUUGAAUUGAGUAAUUUCUAUUCAAAAAGUAAAACAAACAUUCAUUAAAUAUUUUCAGUGUUCUAUAAUUAUGUAAAUUCUUUUAAAUAAAGAUAAAUACG